GGAAUCCAAAUGUGCACAAAGCCCCAAAGAAUUCGUUCGAUCAAAUCUAUUUUACAUAUUCCUCCAAUUCCCAAACGAUUCUUUUUAUCUUUUGUUUAAUUUAAUUUAUCUGCAUAUAUAUUUAGUCAAAGAAAUCAAUUUAGACGACCCUGCAUUCUUUAUGAGACAGCUAACUUUUGAGAAGAAAAAUCUCAGCUUUCCCACUGAGACAGAACCGUCUCCGCGGCAAUCAAUCCCACCGGGCUUGUUGGGUUUUUGUCUGUCUUAAUUGUUAUAUUUGUUCAUUCAGACUUUUCGCCUGUUCCUUUCUAUUUGAGCUUCUGGUUCUGGGUCACCGUUCUGCUUGUUCUUCUUCCUCUGUCUGAACCAACCCGUGCCCUGUUGGAACAGAGGGAAAGGAGAUUCAUUUUGAAAGUCCCGUUUUAUGGGUUCUUGCUUAAGCUCAAGAAUCAAGGAUGAGAUAGGGGCAAGAUGGCAAUCUUCUGUGAAAGAAAGGAAUGGUUUCAGUGGGGGGAGCAACAAGGUCUCAUCUGUCUCAGCACCUCAAAGUCCGCAAUCGGAAGAAGAUAUAUUGCAGUCAUCAAAUUUGAAAAGCUUCUCUUUAAGUGAACUAAGGACUGCUACCCGGAACUUCAGGCCAGACAGUGUGUUGGGUGAAGGGGGUUUCGGUUCGGUCUUCAAAGGAUGGGUCGAUGAGGAGACUCUAACCCCAGCUCGGCCCGGGACUGGAAUGGUUAUCGCUGUGAAACGGCUCAAUCAAGAAGGCUUUCAAGGUCACAACGAGUGGCUGGCGGAAAUAGUUUUCUUGGGGCAGCUCUACCAUCCGAAUCUUGUGAAGUUGAUCGGUUACUGCCUAGAGGAUGAGCACAGGCUUCUUGUCUACGAGUUUAUGCCUCGGGGCAGCUUGGAAAACCAUUUGUUUAGGAGAAAUUCUUAUUAUCAACCCCUGUCAUGGAAACUCCGGAUAAAGGUUGCGCUGGGUGCUGCAAAGGGAUUGGAAUUUCUCCACAGCGACGAAGCGAAAGUGAUAUACCGUGACUUCAAAACUUCGAAUAUCUUGCUGGAUUCUAACUAUGAUGCGAAGCUUUCUGAUUUUGGACUGGCCAAAGAUGGCCCCACGGGUGAUAAAAGUCACGUCUCCACGAGAGUCAUGGGUACAUUCGGGUAUGCUGCUCCAGAGUACAUGGCCACAGGGCACUUGACCAAGAAGAGCGAUGUGUAUAGCUUCGGGGUUGUCUUCCUCGAGAUGCUAUGUGGCCGAAGAGCAGUGGACAAGAACCGGCCCUCCGGGGAGCACAAUUUGGUGGAGUGGGCCCGCUCGCGUCUCACAAGUAAGAGGAAGAUCCUACAAAUCUUCGACUCCCGUCUCCACGGCCAGUACUCUGUCCGCGGAGCAUUGCGGGCUGUUAAAGUCGCGAUGCAGUGCCUCUCAGUGGAGCCCAAGUUAAGGCCAGACAUGAGCGAGGUGGUCCGAUCGCUGGAGCAACUCCAGGAAUUAGAAGAGACGGUGGGAAACGAGGGCCCAGUUGAACGAGAAAGUGAUAGUAAUUCCAGGAAUGAGUCGAGGUGACCAUAUAAUGUUGCUGAUGAAGAUUGAAAUACUCGUACACGUAUAGGUUGUAUUACUGUUUACCGUAUCGACAGAUAAAGAGAGAGAGAGUUUGAAUCACUGUAUUCUUUUAGGGAACUCGUAUGUAUGAAGUGUCGCAUUACUGUACAGCUCUUCUCCUCAAAUAUGCCUUCACAUCUGACAGUUUUGGAUCAGCAUUUUCCCUGUUAAAUGAGAAAGCUGGAGAUGUUAUUGUUUG